AACAAAGCCGAGAAGGGAGCCCCCUUUCUGCGAACGCGUGCUGCGCCUGCUGCCUGGGUCUGUGCGGGGCUGCGGUGUGCACAGAGGGGGCCCCGCUCCCCAGAUGCCCCAGCCUGCUGGCCCUGGACUCCCCACGUCUCCCCCGCGCCCUCCGGGGCGCUGGCUCGGUAGCCAGCCGCUGUAGCCUCCUGUGGGCUGUCGUCCAAACGCAGCUACUGGUCGGGAUUUUAAAGGAAGACUUGUAUUUCAUAAUUUGUGUAUAAUCAGUGCAAGCGAAAUUAAGGAAAAAUGGAUGUAGAAAAUGAGCAGAUUCUGAAUGUAAACGCCACUGAUCCUGAUAAUUUAAGCGACUCUCUAUUUUCUGGUGAUGAAGAAAAUGCUGGCACUGAGGAAAUAAAGAAUGAAAUAAAUGGAAAUUGGAUUUCUGCAUCCUCUAUUAAUGAAGCUAGAAUUAAUGCUAAGGCAAAAAGACGACUACGGAAAAACUCAUCUCGGGACUCUGGCAGAGGCGAUUCAGUCAGUGAUAAUGGAAGUGACGCCGUCAGAAGUGGAGUACCUGUGCCCACCAGUCCAAAAGGAAGGUUGCUAGAUAGGCGUUCCAGAUCUGGGAAAGGAAGGGGGCUGCCAAAGAAAGGUGGUGCAGGAGGCAAGGGUGUCUGGGGAACACCUGGACAGGUGUAUGAUGUGGAGGAGGUGGACGUGAAAGAUCCCAACUAUGACGAUGACCAGGAGAACUGUGUUUAUGAAACUGUAGUUUUGCCUCUGGAUGAGACAGCAUUUGAGAAGACUUUAACACCAAUUAUACAAGAGUACUUUGAGCACGGAGACACAAAUGAGGUUGCGGAAAUGUUAAGAGAUCUAAACCUUGGUGAGAUGAAGAGUGGAGUGCCUGUAUUGGCAGUGUCCUUGGCCCUUGAGGGGAAGGCCAGUCACCGGGAAAUGACAUCUAAGCUGCUUUCUGACCUCUGUGGGACGGUCAUGAGCACAAAUGAUGUGGAGAAGUCAUUUGAUAAGUUGCUGAAGGAUCUCCCUGAAUUAGCAUUGGAUACUCCUAGAGCACCACAGUUGGUGGGCCAGUUCAUUGCCAGAGCUGUUGGAGAUGGAAUUUUAUGUAAUACCUAUAUUGAUAGUUACAAAGGAACUGUAGAUUGUGUACAGGCUAGAGCUGCUCUGGAUAAAGCUACUGUGCUUCUGAGUAUGUCUAAAGGGGGAAAGCGCAAAGACAGUGUGUGGGGAUCUGGAGGCGGGCAGCGGUCUGUGAACCACCUUGUUAAAGAGAUUGAUAUGCUGCUUAAAGAGUAUUUGCUCUCUGGAGAUAUAUCUGAAGCUGAGCACUGCCUUAAGGACCUGGAAGUCCCUCAUUUCCACCAUGAGCUUGUGUAUGAGGCCAUUGUAAUGGUUUUAGAGUCAACUGGAGAAAUUGCAUUCAAGAUGAUUUUAGAUUUAUUAAAAUCCUUGUGGAAGUCUUCUACCAUUACUAUAGAUCAAAUGAAAAGAGGUUAUGAGAGAAUUUACAAUGAAAUCCCAGAUAUUAAUCUGGAUGUCCCACACUCAUACUCUGUGCUUGAGAGAUUUGUGGAGGAAUGUUUUCAGGCUGGAAUCAUUUCCAAACAGGUCCGAGAUCUUUGUCCAUCAAGGGGAAGAAAGCGUUUUGUAAGCGAAGGAGAUGGAGGCCGUCUUAAACCAGAGAGCUACUGAACACAAGAACUCUUACAGUCUUAGGUGUGAUAACGGCAGAUCUGAACUGUAAGAGUUACUAGUGCAGGUUUUUUUUUGUUUUUUUUGUUUUUUUUUUUUGGGGGGGGGGGGGAAAAGGCAUUUUUUAAUUUUUUUUUUUUUUUUUUUUGGGUUGUACACUCCUUUAAUUUCAAUGUUCUAUAGGCAAAAAACUGGCCAAAGUCUACAUGUUCAAGGCCACAAGUUCCUACAUAGAGUUCCAAGUCAUCCCAUGUCAUAUAGUGAGACACUGUCAUGGAUUAUUUUGUGACUGGAGAGAACCCAAGGGGGAUAAGAGCAGACUGGUCUUUCUGAUGGCACAAGAUGCCGCACCCAUGCCACAUGGCUUACAGCCACCUAUAUGUAACUUAAGAUCCAGAGAAGUCCUGAGAAUCCAACUGCUCUGCCCUGUGUCCCACACGUCUUUCCCAGAAGCCACUCUCAAUGUGGUGCAGAUUGAGCACUCUAGUCGGCCAAACAGUCUGGUUAAUCAGCCAAUCCAUUCCAUCAGGCACAGCCUGGAAGUUAUCCACAUGACACAUUGUAUCCAAGAGGAAGGCAGGAGAAGGGCCAAGAAACUACCAUGGCCUUCACUACCUUUGUCUGUCAAUAAAAGCCUGCUCGAACAGUGGUAGGAAGAAUAAGGUAUGAAGGCUCUCCAGAGCAGAGAUGGCCAAGUCUGCAUUUCUCAGCCGCCCUUGCAUGGCCAGCUGCUGGAGAGUGGGCACAGCCUGGAAGCUCAUCCUGGGGAUUCAGUUAAGGGAUCCAGACGCAGGCACUGGUGACAGGUCUCCUAGUCCCAGCAGGCUCAGGAGGUGACUCCAAGACCCUAAGCGUCUUCUCUGGCUCCUCUAAGGAUCUUGUUUACCCACCCUUCCAUUCCUGAAAUUUUAUAAAUGUACAUUUAAUGGGGAUUUUUGAAGGAAGUAUUUUUUUCUUUUUCUUUUUUUCUUUGCUGGGUGGGGGAGGGGGGAAUGAAAGGAGGGAGAGAAGAGUAACCACCUAAGUGUGGGAAUUCUGAUAAGCUACUUUUCUAAGUGCCAUGUUUAUGACCUAAUCAUUCCAAGUUUUGCAUUGAUGUCUGACUGCCACUCCUUUCUUUCAAGGACAGUGUUUUUUUUGUAGUAAAAUCACUGGUUUAUACAAAGCUUUAGUUAGGGGUGAAGUAAAGCUACUACUAAGCCCCCUGUUGGCUGCUGCUGUGGAAAUGCUGUGCUUUGGGAGUAGACACCACACCACACUACAUACACAUAAACACACACACACACACACACACACACACACACACACCACACACACACACACACACCAUAUAUACUUUUGUCUUGAAUUUUUAAAAGACGAGUUAGUCAUGAGACUUUUUCAUCUUUCCAGGGAACAUAUUGAUUGGUCUUAAAUAUUAGACAGUUAAGUAAAUGGUGGCUGGAACAUCUAUUUUUCUACAAAACUGGAAAAAUGAACCCGGUUCUACAAGAAUGUACAACAAAAUAAAAACAUGAAGCAGUGUUGAUUCUUUA